AAGAAAAAUUCCCCACAUGCGAUUUCCAUAAUCAAUAUACUAGUGAGUUUAAUAUAUAAUCUACAUAGCUUUUAGUUUUUUUCACGCUAUUAUUAUUAUUAUAACUCUUUGAAACUCAAUCAUAGAUCUUGAUUCUUGAUUCGUAAAACCCUAGAAAAAUUCCCCCAAUCGAUUCUUCCAAUUGAUUUCGAUAAGGUACAAGUAUUGAGUUUGAUGAAGUGAUGGUGAGCUGGAACAGUCUUUCUUGCAUUGAUUGUUGGCUUUUCAAGUAUUGAUUGUGCUUUUCAAUACAUCGGGGAAAAGCAUGAACAUUGUAAAGGGUGUUGCGGGCCUUAUCCGAAGGAGUUCGGGUAGCCAUGGUGGAGAAUCCAGUUCAGGGUCACCGCUCGAGAGGUUCUCCCCUCCUACUCCCCUCAUCCACUUCAGUGAGGUUGGGGAUGAGGCAAUUCUGAAUACACUCUGGUCAAGAUACGAGAAAGCCCCUGAUAAGGUUGAAAAGAGAAGGUUAUUUCAUAUCUUUUUGAAGCAAUUCCUAAUUGUAUACCGUGAUUGGCAACCAAUUAGCCCUCUUCAAUCUCCCGAGGAUCAUGCCUCUGUGCAGCCGGUGGAUUCACAGCAUUUUGGAGAUGUUGUGGUUGGCUGUUCUUUUGGUCAUCCUACUGAAAUUAUAGUCGUCCUCGUUGAGGAAGUUGCACAAAUGAUAGCGCUUGUUAAUGAACACCUAUCAAGAAAUUCAUCUACAAUAACAUCUGAAGGGCUGCCUGUCCUGGAUGCUUUGACUGUUAUUACUCGGUCAAUGCACAAUUGCAGAGUUCUUGGCUACUAUGGUGGUAUUCAGAAGCUUACAGCAUUAAAGAAGGCUGCUGUUGUCCAACUGAAGGCUAUUGCUAGUGCUCUUUCAGCAGAUGAAGCUUUGACGAACUCUGUUCCAGAGAAGACUGCAAUUCUCCAGAACAUUCUUUUAUAUGUGGUGUCUAUAAUUGGUAGCUUUAUUAACUUGCAUUUCAGCACAUCCGGAAAGGCUUGGUUCAAUAGUGGUCACAUGGAGAUUUUUGGGCCUACAAGUGUUGAAACACGUGAUGUCGUUACUGGUGUCGAUGUGUCUGAUUCUGAAACAAUGAUACGGUGGCGUCAAAAGGCCAUUGUCUCUGUAAUGGAAGCUGGUGGUCUCAACUGGUUAGUAGAGCUGUUGCGUGUUAUGAAGAGGUUGAAUAUGAAGGAACAGGAUACAGAUAUUUCACUUCAUUAUCUGACUCUUAGAGCUCUUCAAUUAGCACUAGUUGAAAACCCUCGUGGUCAGAAUCAUUUUCGAAGUAUUGGAGGACUGGAAGUUCUGUUGGAUGGACUGGGAGUUGCAUCUAACAGUGCUUUGAGAUUGAGAGACGUCUCAACUUCAGAUACAGCAAGGAAUGCCAAUGUUUUAGCGUUUAUGUUCCAGCUCCAUGUUCUCUCAUUGGAGGUUCUUAGAGAGGCGGUCUUUGGGAAUUUGAAUAACUUGCAAUUUUUAUCAGAAAAUGGACGAGUGCAGAAGUUUGCAAAUAGCUUUUGUUCACUUGCAUUCAUGCUUCAAGAAUACAAGGAGAAAAGUGACAACUUGUUAGCCCAGGAUGACAUGGAAAUAACUGUUUCUAGUGAUAAAGAUACAACUGCGAGAGAAGUUCUGGGAACAAAACUUUCUAACCUACCUAGUAUACCUUAUUUAAAGAAUUGGCACGAUUAUGUUGCCAAGCUUAGUGCUGUUCUUUUCUCUUUCCUUCUUUCACCAGAAGAUGCAAAUUCAGAUAAAAGCCAAGCACCCACUGUCAAAAGUAGUUUGCCAGUCUCUUCAGCAUAUGGAGAACUUUCUGUAAAGUGGAUCAUUAGGGUUCUCCUCACAGUCUUUCCAUGCAUAAAAGCAUGCUCAAAUCAGAAGGAGCUGCCUGGUCACUUAAGGACCUUUAUCUACACCCUUCAGCAUCAUGUUCUGUCUGCAUUCAGGAAAAUUCUGGUGUUGUUGCCAUCUUUGCUACAUGUAUUCCGGGCAGAAGGAGCUUGGGACUUUAUCUUCUCGGAGAAUUUUUUUUAUUUUGGCCUAGCAUCGCUAGGUUCUUCCGAUGAUUCCUUAUCAAAAAAAGGUUCUUCUGAUGAUUGUACUGAACAUUGUUGUGAUUCAAAUGACAGAAGCACUAGUCUAAGUCUUCAUGAACUUGAAGCUCUUCAAACAGAAGUGGUUUCAUUUUUGGAGUUUGCUGCGACUUUAACUGGAAGUUCUCAUAACUUGCCUGAGUGCUCCAUUUUGCUAGAGGCUCUUGAACAAUCUGCUUGUAAUCCUUGGGUUGCAAAUCUUCUUGCUAAGAGCCUACUUCAAAUUAUGCGGUCUUCAUCAGAGAAAACUCUUUCUUCUUUUAAAACGCUCGAUGCAGUUCCUCGUGUCCUCAAAGUUGCCUGCGUUCAGGCCCAAGAGUCUAAAAGGCACGGGAUUGCUAGUCCUCACACGGAGAGUGGUCCUGUUCCUUCUCUAAACCAAGACAUGGUGAAUUCUCUCGAGAUGAUUCAUAGUUGGCAGAACAGCAUGGAAACUUUUAUUGAACUCGUCGCAGAGUAUUUCUCUCUUACGAAAGAUGCCAAAAGCUCUACUUUGCACAGUGCUACCUGCGUUGAUAGAUUGUUUGAUUUGUUUUGGGAAGAAAAAUUGAGAAAUCGCAUGCUUCCUCUUAUUCUUGAUUUGAUGAAGAUUGUUCCAUCUUCUGAGGAGGACCAGAAAGCUAAAUUAUAUAUAUGUUCUAAGUAUCUGGAAACAUUUACUCAUGUUAAGGACCGGGAGAACUUUGUUGAAUUGUCUAUCGAUCUAUUGGUUGGGAUGAUUGAUUUACUUUUGACAGAUAUAGAGUAUUAUCAGGCUUUAUUUCGGGAUGGCGAGUGUUUUAUACAUGUUGUAUCCUUGCUAAAUGGGAACCUUGACGUGCCCAAAGGUGAAGAGCUGGUUCUGAAUGUCCUCCAAACACUAACCUGCUUGCUUUCAGGGAAUGAUGUCUCAAAGGCUGCGUUUCGAGAUCUUGUGGGGACGGGUUAUCAGACUUUGCGUAGCUUGCUGUUGGACUUCUGCCAAUGGAAACCAAGUGAGGCGCUUUUAGAUGCUCUGCUUGAUAUGUUGGUUGAUGGGAAGUUUGAUCUCAAGGCAAGCCCUAUGAUAAAGAAUGAAGAUGUCAUCUUGCUAUAUCUCAGUGUCCUGCAAAAGAGCAGUGAUUCAUUGCGGAAUCAGGGGCUUGAUGUUUUUCUUCAGCUUAUAAGAGAUUCAAUGUCCAAUCAAGCUUCUUGUGUCAAAGCAGGGAUGCUAAACUUUCUUCUUGAUUGGUUUCCCCAAGAGGGCAAGGACACUGUAGUCUUGAAAAUUGCCCAAUUAAUCCAGGUAGUUGGCGGGCAUAGCAUUUCUGGAAAAGAUAUACGAAAAAUCUUUGCUCUACUCCGGAGUGAGAAAGUAGGGUCACAUCAGCAGUACAGCUCAUUGCUUUUGACCAGCAUGCUGUCAAUGCUCAACGAGAAGGGGCCAACUGCCUUCUUUGAUCUCAGUGGGGUGGAAUCGGGAAUUUUGAUAAAGACUCCAGUUCAGUGGCCAUUGAAUAAGGGGUUUUCGUUUACUUGUUGGCUAAGGGUAGAAAGCUUUCCCAGAGGUGGUGGAACAAUGGGACUUUUCAGUUUUCUUACUGAAAGUGGAAGAGGAUGCAUUGGUGUUCUUGGAAAAGAUAAGCUUAUAUAUGAGUCAAUUAAUCAGAAAAGGCAAUCUGUUGUGCUGCAAGUCAAUCUUGUUAGAAAGAAGUGGCAUUUUUUGUGUUUAACACACACAAUCGGUAGGACAUUUUCUGGAGGUAGCCAAUUGAAGUGUUAUUUGGAUGGAACUCUUGUAUCCUCUGAAAAAUGCAGAUAUGCAAAAGUAAAUGAGCCUCUGACUUGUUGCACUCUUGGCACGAAAAUCAGUUUACCUUCCUAUGAGGAAGAGAGUCCUACACUUUAUUCGAAAGAUCCAUCUGCUUUCUAUGGUCAGAUUGGUCCAGUUUACUUGUUCAACGAUUCCAUUGCUUCAGAACAUGUGCUAGGCAUCUAUUCUUUAGGACCUAGCUACAUGUAUUCCUUCCUGGAUAAUGAAACUGCAGUUCAUUUGGAUAGCCCAUUGCCCAGUGGAGUGCUUGAUGUUAAAGAUGGUCUUGCAUCCAAAAUCAUAUUUGGACUUAAUUCACAGGCACGUAAUGGGAGGCGUUUAUUUAAUGUUUCACCAGUGGUGGAUCCUGGAUUAGAUAAAAGUUCAUUUGAAGCAACUGUCUUGGUUGGGACACAGCUGUGCUCUAGACGACUGCUUCAACAGAUCAUAUAUUGUGUUGGGGGUGUCUCUGUGUUUUUCCCUCUUUUCACUAAGACUGAUUUGUAUGAAAUAGAAGAAGCUAAGCAAGCUGGCCAAGCUUUACUUACCCCAAUUACAAAGGAGCGUUUAACUGCUGAAGUUAUUGAACUUAUAGCUUCUGUUCUGGAUGAGAAUUUAGCCAAUCAACAACAGAUGCUCCUUCUUGCCGGAUUUCCAAUACUGGGUUUUUUGCUGCAGUCAGUUCCCCCUGAGCAAUUAAAUAUGGAUACACUGUCUGCUUUGAAACAUUUGUUUAAUGUGGUUGCAAAUGGUGGUCUGUCAGAAAUGCUAGUCAAGGAUGCUAUAUCCCAUAUAUUUCUUAGCCCUGUUAUAUGGGUCUACUCAGGUUACAGGGUUCAACGUGAACUGUAUAUGUUUCUCAUCCAGCAAUUUGAUAAUGAUCCAAGGUUGCUGAGAAGUUUAUGUAGGCUCCCGCGUGUUCUUGACAUAAUUCGGCAAUUUUACUGGGAUGAUACCAAAACUCGUUCUGCUAUUGGAAGCAAGCCUCUUUUACAUCCUGUGACAAAACAAGUUAUAGGGGAGAGACCUAGCAAAGAUGAAAUACAUAAAAUUCGUCUCCUUCUAUUGAGUCUCGGUGAGAUGAGUCUCAGGCAGCAUAUUUCAGCAUCUGAUAUAAAAUCUCUCAUAGCCUUUUUUGAGAGUAGCCAGGACAUGGCAUGCAUUGAAGAUGUUCUACAUAUGGUUAUUCGAGCUGUUUCCCAGAAACAACUGCUUGCUUCUUUCCUUGAACAAGUCAAUUUGAUUGGUGGCUGUCACAUAUUUGUAAAUCUUCUUGAAAGAGACUUCGAGCCCAUCAGGCUACUAGGUCUGCAGUUCCUUGGACGACUGCUGGUUGGUCUUCCGUUGGAGAAGAAAGGAUCAAAAUUCUUCAGUAUUGCUGUUGGAAGAUCUAAAUCUCUUUCAGAGGGCCUUAGGAAAAUUGGUUCAAGGACGCAACCCAUUUUCUCAGUUAUAUCCGACAGACUGUUUAAAUUUCCUCAGACAGAUCUCUUGUGUGCGACAUUGUAUGAUGUUCUGCUUGGAGGUGCCAGCCCUAAACAGGUUCUACAGAAGCAUAGUCAACUUGACCGUCAAAAAAGUAGCAGAAAUAGCUCUCAGUUUUUCCUUCCUCAGAUUUUAGCCCUUAUUUUCAGAUUCUUGUCAGGUUGUAAGGAUGCUCCUACAAGAAUAAAAAUUAUUAGCGAUCUACUUGAUCUUCUUGAUUCGAAUGCUACAAACAUUGAAGCUCUAAUGGAAAACGGUUGGAAUGCAUGGCUGGAUGCCUCCGUGAAGCUUAAUGCGUUGAAAAACUACAAAUUGGAGUCGAAAAUUAACGAUGACACUGAAACGAGUGAGCAAAAUCAUUUGAGGAGUUUCUACUGUGUUGUUCUUUGCCAUUAUAUGCAUUCUAUAAAAGGUGGCUGGCAACACUUGGAGGAGACUGUGAACUUUCUCCUUGUACAAUGUGAACAAGGUGGCAUUGCUUAUAGGUACUUCCUUCGUGAUCUGUACGAGGACUUAGUCCGCAAGUUGUUAGACUUAUCUGCAGUGGAGAAUGUUCUUGUCACUCAGCCUUGUCGAGACAACAUGCUGUAUCUUUUAAAACUUGUUGAUGAGAUGCUUCUUUCUGAAAUGAAGUUUAAUCUUCCGUAUCCAGCCAGCAACACAGAAUUUUCUUCAGAGUUCUUAGAACUAGAACAGCUGAAAGACCUUGGAUCUGCUCUACUUGAUGCCCUCCAAGGAGAACCUGAUGAGAAGCUAUCGAGGAGUCAUGUUUUCAAGCGGCCUGACAUUAAUGAAGUUGAGAAAAUUGACGAUGAGUGGUGGAAUUUAUGUGACAAUCUUUGGAAUGCUAUAAGUGAGAUGAAUGGCAAGGGCCCAAACAAGAUGUUACCCAGGUCCUCACAGUCAGUAGCACCAUCACUUAGCCAAAGAGCCCGUGGCUUGGUAGAAUCACUGAAUAUACCAGCUGCAGAAAUGGCUGCUGUUGUUGUCUCAGGGGGGAUUAGCAAUGCUUUGGCUGGAAAACCCAACAAGCCUGUUGAUAAGGCUAUGCUUUUAAGAGGGGAAAAGUGUCCAAGAAUUGUAUUUCGGUUGAUUAUCCUAUAUCUUUGUAAAUCAUCGCUUGAACGAGCAUCUCGAUGUGUACAACAGGUUAUCCCUCUUCUGCCUUGCCUUCUGACUGCUGAUGAUGAGCAAAGCAAGAGCCGUUUGCAGCUUUUCAUUUGGGCAUUACUCGCAGUUAGGUCUCAUUAUGGGGCGCUGGAUGAUGGGGCUAGAUUUCAUGUUAUAGCUCACAUAAUUCGGGAAACUGUCAAUUGCGGGAAACUGAUGCUAGCUACAAGUAUUGUGAGCAGAGAUGAUUCUUCAGAGUCAGGGAGCAAUACUAAAGAGGGAAGCACCAUUCACAAUCUGAUUCAAAAGGAUCGUGUGCUUUCUGCGUUUGCCGAUGAAGUAAAAUAUGUCAAGAGUUCAACAGCAGAUAGGACCAUGCAGUUGCAUGAGCUUCGUGCGAGGUUGGAUGAAAUGGCAAUCACAGAUUCCAACCAAAAGAAGUCUUUUGAAGUUGAAAUACAGAGUAGUUUAAAUGUCAUUCUUGCCUCUGAUGACAACAGAAGGAGUUCUUUCCAAUUAGCAUAUGAUGAACAACAGCAAAUUGUUGCUGGAAAGUGGAUUCACACUUUUCGCUCUCUCAUUGAUGAAAGGGGUCCUUGGUCAGCUGAUCCUUUCCCAAACAGCACAUUAACACACUGGAAACUUGAUAAAACAGAGGACGCAUGGCGUCGCCGGCAAAAGUUGAGACGGAAUUAUGAUUUUGAUGAAAAGCUUUGUCGUCCUACCUCUACGACACCUAGCAUUGAGGCUCUUAAUCCUUCCAAUGAUGCCAAACCUGGUUUUGCAGCACAUAUUCCUGAGCAAAUGAAGAGGUUCUUGCUGAAAGGGAUUAGGAGGAUUACCGAUGAGGGUUCAUCUGAAUUGAAUGAAAGUGAGAGCGAACUUAGUGGGCAAAAGCCUGGUUCUGACGACUUGUCAGAUAGACAGUAUUUAGAGGUUGUAAAAGAGAGCAGUGAUCUGAAGGACAUCGCUAAGGAAGACAUAGAUUGCUCCUCCACCCAGAUUGAAUCAGAAGAUAGUGAGGUUCUCAUGUCAGUCCCUUGUGUCCUUGUUACACCUAAGAGAAAGUUAGCUGGACAUUUAGCGGUGAAAAAGAAAUUUUUGCAUUUCUUUGGUGAGUUUCUGGUCGAAGGUACAGGAGGGUCAUCUGUUUUCAGAAACUUUGACUCUUCUGGGAAGUUUGAUGUCAACAAGUCGGAUCAGUUAGGCGGACUCCAAAAUCACAAAUUUCUCAAGUGGCCCAUCAGUUAUGAUUUAGAUUGUGAGAGGGGAAGAGCCAUUAAUAGCAUUGGUGCUGUCAAUAAUGAUGAGCAUCAAAAGCAUCCUAACAAUAUAAAUCGGCACAGGAGAUGGACAAUCUUCAGGGUAAAGGCUGUACACUGGACUAGAUAUUUGCUAAGAUAUACAGCGAUUGAAAUUUUCUUCAGUGAUUCCACUGCUCCUGUAUUUUUUAACUUUGCUUCGCAAAAGGAUGCCAAAGACGUUGGAAGCUUAAUAGUUCUAAACAGAAAUGAAAGUAUGUUCCCAAAGGGUUACAGGGACAAGACUGGAGUUAUUUCCUUUGUGGACAGACGUGUGGCGUUGGAGAUGGCAGAAAAUGCUAGAGAACGCUGGAAGAGGAGGGAGAUAACGAACUUUGAAUAUUUAAUGGUUCUGAACACUUUAGCUGGGAGAUCUUACAAUGAUUUGACCCAGUAUCCCGUGUUCCCUUGGAUUCUGGCUGAUUAUUCCUCAGAGACUCUUGAUUUUAACAAAUCUUCUACCUUUAGGGAUCUAUCAAAACCUGUUGGAGCACUGGAUGCUAAAAGGUUCGAGGUCUUUGAGGAUAGAUAUCGCAACUUCUGUGACCCUGAUAUUCCCAGUUUCUAUUAUGGUUCUCAUUACUCGAGCAUGGGAAUUGUGCUAUUUUACCUCCUGAGGUUGGAACCUUUUACAGGCCUCCACCGUAAUCUUCAGGGUGGAAAAUUUGAUCAUGCUGACCGGCUUUUUCAUAGCAUUGGAGGAACAUAUCGGAAUUGCCUUUCUAAUACAAGUGAUGUGAAAGAGUUGAUUCCUGAAUUCUUUUACUUGCCAGAAUUUCUGACCAAUUCAAACUCAUAUUAUUUUGGUGUCAAACAAGAUGGAGAACCAAUAGGUGAUAUUUGCCUACCUCCAUGGGCCAAGGGUUGUCCUGAGGAAUUUAUUAGUAAGAACAGAGAGGCCCUUGAAAGCGAAUAUGUGAGCUCAAAUCUCCACCACUGGAUUGAUCUGGUAUUUGGUUACAAGCAGUGGGGAAAACCAGCAGUUGAGGCAGCAAAUAUUUUCUAUUAUUUGACAUAUGAAGGUGCUGUGGAUCUGGAUACCAUGGAUGAUGAAUUGCAAAGGUCGGCCAUAGAAGAUCAAAUUGCCAACUUUGGUCAAACACCGAUUCAACUUUUCCGGAAGAAACAUCCUAGAAGAGGACCUCCGAUUCCAAUUGCUCAUCCUCUACGAUUUGCCCCUGGUUCUAUUAACCUAACAUCAAUGGCUUCAUGUUCAAGCAGUUGCCCUUCAACUACUCUGUAUGUUAAUGUGCUGGAUUCGACCAUUGUCCUUGUGAACCAGGGCCUCACCAUGUCCGUAAAGACAUGGGUGACCACCCAGUUGCAAUCUGGUGGAAACUUCACCUUCUCUGGCUCACAGGAUCCGUUUUUUGGGAUUGGUUCCGAUAUCCUUCCUCCUCGGAAAAUUGGGAGUCCUCUGGCUGAAAAUAUUGAGCUUGGAGCACAAUGCUUUGGAACAUUAUCAACACCAGCUGAAAACUUUUUGAUAACAUGUGGUACCUGCGAAAACAGCUUUCAGGUUAUAUCGCUAACUGAUGGCAGAAUGGUACAGAGCGUUAGACAACAUAAAGAUGUCGUGAGCUGCAUUUCAGUUACAUCUGAUGGAAGCAUCCUGGCUACUGGAAGUUACGACACAACAGUAAUGAUCUGGGAGAUUGUUCGCAUUAGAACCCCUGAAAAGCGAGUAAAGCAUACCCAAGCAGAGGUUCCUCGAAAGGAUUGUAUCAUUGCUGAAACCCCUUUCCAUAUUUUGUGUGGUCAUGAUGACGUUAUUACGUGCUUGUAUGCAAGUAUUGAGCUUGAUAUAGUUAUAAGUGGAUCAAAAGAUGGAACUUGUGUUUUCCAUACGCUGCGGGAUGGGAGAUAUGUUAGAUCCCUACGACAUCCAUCUGGGAGUCCACUGUCAAAGCUUGUUGCAUCACGUCAUGGAAGGAUUGUUUUUUAUUCUGAUGAUGAUCUUAGUUUGCACCUCUACUCUAUAAAUGGGAAACACAUCUCGUCUUCGGAAUCCAAUGGCCGCCUGAACUGUCUUGAACUCAGUAGCUGCGGAGAGUUCUUGGUUUGUGCUGGAGAUCAAGGGCUGAUCAUUGUACGUUCUAUGAACUCUCUUGAGAUUGUGGGGAAGUACAAUGGAAUAGGGAAAAUGGUAACUUCACUAACUGUGACACCGGAAGAAUGCUUUAUAGCUGGGUCCAAGGAUGGAAGGCUUCUUGUUUAUUCAAUCGAAAAUCCUCAACUUCGUAAAACUAGCUUUCCGAGGAAUUCAAAAUCCAAAGCUUCUACGACAUAGUGAAUUUGCAGUUCAGGACUGCUGUGUAACGUUAAAAAUAUCAUCACUGAAAGUGAUGCCGAAUUGAGGCUGAAUUGAAGCUUAUUAUGUCAUCGAGAAAGACACGAUCUAUAUUAUCGGAGUACGUGACUGGUGUUUCAUUUUUCAAGAGGAAAAAAAUGUAUAUUGGAUCUUUCUUCAGUAGCUAUUAUAGCAGCGCCCUCAAAUUGCUGCAUCCGCGGAAGGAUUCAUUGAGCAUCAACCUGUAGAAAGAUUAAGAAUGGCAGAAUAUAGCACCAUCUAAAUAUGAUGUGCUUUUGAUAUUCAGCUACUUGUGGAAGCAGUUGCCACCACCUAGUGUACAGCAUUUCGCGCACAUUUUUCUUUAUAUGAUUGGCCUCAAAUGUUGUAUUAAACAAUUAUAGGAAGUAAAUGGCGUUGACAUUAGCACCUUGUGGUUGUGAUCAUUGGGUGUGUAGCCCCGAAGUGUUUUUUGUAUAGAUGGGCUUCACACCCUUAUAAGGAAAACCAUAUACUAUUAAAUGAAAAUUUCAUUGUGAUUUC